CUCCAACGCUCGAGUGGUCCAGGAGGGGAGGAGGCCGCCAGUUGAGGCGGGGUAUAUAGCCGGGCAAAAGACCCGGGAAACAGGCUCAGAUCCCCAUCCAGAAAGACAGAGGAGGCAGCAGGAGAGACGGGAACAUCCACUGUGCUACUAUAUUUCAUAUUAUAGAUUAUAUAUAUGAGCCUAGGACGAGAGAGGAAGUGCUGUGUGGAAGCAGAGGAAGAGGACUUGGAAGCUGAGAAACCCAGGCCUCAUCUUGUACUCUCGGCAUUUUGGGGCAGGAAAGUUUUUGAGAGCGAUCCUCAGACUCUUAAUUGAAAGACAGCACUGAUUGCUGUUAUGUACGCUGAACCAUCCACCAUGAAUUUCCGGAACCAUGGGUUCUUCCGCCGCUCUCCGCCUCCUUCAGUGGCAAAACCCUCGCCUGCUGCCGGGAACAGUUUGUCCGUCUUAGGAGGCAUUGCUCAGAUCUCCCCGUGCCUCUAUCUCUGCUCUGGCAACGCCGCAUCCAACCGGCACAUGGUCUACGCCAGGGCUGUGACUUGUGUUGUGAAUGCCACCAUGGAAAUCCCCAAUGCCAACUGGCCAGACAUUGACUACGUCAAGGUACCCGUCCCCGACCUCCCUCAUGCUCCUCUCUCCUUGUACUUUGACUCUGUGGCUGACCGGAUACACCAGACAGGGAAGAAGAACGGGCGUACCCUUGUCCACUGUGUGGCCGGUGUCAGUCGGUCUGCCUCUCUCUGUAUAGCCUAUUUAAUGAAGUAUCACCGGCUGAGCCUCUUGGAUGCCCAUGAGUGGGUCAAGAACCGGCGACCCGUUGUCAGGCCCAACGUAGGCUUUUGGAGGCAGCUCAUAGAAUACGAACGCAAGCUCUUUGGCAAGAACACUGUCAAGAUGGUGCCCUCGCCCAUUGGGCUGGUCCCAGAUGUCUAUGAAAAGGAGACCCGUGGCUUGGUGCCUUUGUGGAACUUGAGAUAGACACCAGGCAACCUUGGGAAGGUGCUUGGGUGGAGGGCUUCUUGAAUUUAGGGUCAAAUAUUCUGCCAUGUUAUACCUUCUGGCAGUGUGGAAUUUGAUGAGAAAUUCUGUUAUUAUAAACAAUACAGUAUGAGUAGAUUAUGGAAAAGAUUUGAGUCAUUUGAGCCAUUCUAAUAUGGUUUGGAUCUGCCAUGCCAGUUAAUUCUGAGAAUAUAUAUUUUGCUUGUAUUCUGGGAAGAUGGUUCAAAACAAAGUACAGAUGGCAAUUCUAAUUAAAACAGAGGCUCCAAGGUCUUCAUAAAUUAAUGCUUUCUUUGCAAGAAGAAAGGGAAAAUAAUAAUCUUUCCAAGUUAGAGCAUUAGAAUCAUUUCCCAGCAGGAGAGUCUGGGUUUACUUUAAACACAAUACACUUUCGCUCUCAGGGAGUGGAACUGAAGUACUAAUGUGAUGGGAAUUAAUAUUAACAUUGCUCAAAAGGCUCAAUGAAUACUCUUGCUAAUAAGUAGAUAAAAACCGAUAAGAUAGCACUUCCAACAACAGAGGGAAAAAUUCAGCACUACAAGGUGGAAGGAAACUAUAAUACAAUUAUUGUAACUGGAUUUAGCAAUCUGGCUCAUGGGCAUAAUGAAUUCUUCUAUUUUUAGUUGGCUGUUCAAACUCAAAUGUGGGUAAGAAAGCAGAAAUGUUAAUAUUAUCUCAGUGUAUCUCAGUAUAGGGCUUAUUCAAAGCUGUGGAGCACAAAUGGCACCAAGCAGGGUAGAAUUUUUGUAAAAUUUGGAAAGAGUCUUGAGUGCAGAUAUAUUUAUUUUUUAUAAUAACCAGAGAAUAUAGUUCAAUAUCAAAAGAUAAUUCCUUUCAAUUCCCCGACUGGAACAAAGUACUUUAUAGUUGGUUGUUUGUGUGUUAAAGAACAGGGUGAUUUUCUAAACAUAUCUUAAAAGAAAGCAUGUCUUCCUGAGAAAAGCCUUGGAAAUUAGAAAUAGGAAUUGAUGUGUAUUUUAAAGCUUUUUGGAAGGAAUGACAGCAUUAGCAAAUAUAUAAUUGCACUGCGAUGAGGAGCAAAGUUCUAUAGUGCAAGAGAAAAGUAGUUUCCAUUUGAAACUUCUAAGGUUACCAAGGUUAGAAGGAGAAGAAGUGUCCAGAGUUAAACAUAGUUCAGUCACAUGAAAACUUUUAAAAGUAUUUCAUAAACGAUUAAGGACUUGGGGUCUUUCAAACCCUGAAGUUUUUGGGAAGAGAAAGUGCUGAAUUGGAGAUAAAAACUCGUGUUGUAGGCACAAAUGCUUCAAGAGGAUAUUUAAGGGGGGAAAUCCAGAAUUUUAAAUCCCUACACGUUAAUGAAAUUAUAAAUUAAGAAACCUCUGUUGUAAAGAAGCUUCUGGGUGGGGUUGGAUGGACUUAGCUACCAGAACUCACUGGACUUUAAAAUUACAGUGUACCGUCUUGUACAUGGUGAUUUCUAACCCUCUCAUAAUUAAUACCGUGAUUUAGUAGCAGUUUCACAAUGGUGCUUUUCUUUCCAGAUCGAAGACUGUAUUUCAUCCUCACUUUUGGAGGCUUCACCCUCUGUGGACCAUUCAGAUCAAUUUCAUCUAUAUUUAAGUCAGACCCAGCUAAAAAGUUCUAGAUGCUGAAUCGAUUGCAGUUCAAAGUUGUUGGUAGAUCAGUCUGCAUUUGGGAAAUGGAUUGCUUAUGGAUAUCCUGUUUUAUGGUUUCUUUAAGAACUGGGACUCUCCGUAUGUAUGAAGAUGGGAUUUUUUUAUCUCGUUAUACUAAAAAAAAACAAAAAAAAAUGUAGAGCAGUGGUUCCCAAUCUGUGGGUCCCCAGGUGUUUUGGUCUACAACUCUCAGAUGUCCCAUCCAGUUUGCCAGAUGUUAGGGUUUCUGGGAGUUGAAGGCCAAAACAUCUGGGGAACCACAGGCUGAGAACCAGUGAUGUAGAGAGCUUUCUUGUAGAGCACAUAGAUAAGCUCUAGGUCCCUACUGCACAAUAUUGUUUUCCCAAACCUAAGCAAUUCAAUAAGGUUUCAGAUAUUUGAAAUUGGAAAGCUGUCCCUCCCUGUCCACACUGUGGAUAAACAAGUGGAUCAUUUCAGGAGAGGUAAUUAUAUGGCCUUCCAGAUAUUGUUGGAUUGCAGCUCCCAGCAUUCCUUAACGUACGUUGUGUUGGUACUGUGAGGAAUGUAGCUCCAACAACAUCUGGAAAGCCAUAUAACCUCCAAUCUGGGAUAAUUAAUUAAUGUUUGUAUGUGUGAGUUGUCAUCUGGUAUAGACACUUAUGUAGCAAAUUUGACUUUUUAUUUGUUAGGCAAUAACUCAUUAUUUAUAGUUUCACCUUGUGAGCUGUCAUUUGGUGACAGACUUAUCAAAAUAUAGAUGUACCAUUUUAUUGGGGUGGAAGCUCUUUUUCUGGAGCAUUUAGGAAGACCCUUUGGUUUACAUUUUUUGGCAUCUUGUUAUUUUAGUAGUUUCUUGUUUGAAAAUUAUUAGAAAUUAUGAAUUCAUGUAAUAAAGGAAAAGACAAAUAGCAUGUGGAAAAAAAGGAAAAGGUGGACAUUUUGAAUAAAACCUUUCACAUCUAUCUGACAACUUAGAAUAAUGUGCACCAAUGGUGAUUAAUGUUGGAAGUCACAUUCCAGCAACAACUCAAGGUCCAACAUUAUUCCUGCCUCUUGCUUUAGGUUGAAAAAAUAUCUACAUGUAGAUUAGAAAUUGACAAUAUUAUUGAGUAGAAGGUUAUUAUAUAGGCAUUUUCCCUAUUCAUAAAAAAUCAUUCUCAGUCACACAUAUUUUUGCUUUGUGCCUUUUCUGGACUUAUUUUCUUCUUGAAAAUUUUUCACCUGUUCAAGCAGUAGAAUUUGACAAAGGAACUGAAAGGGAUGUCAAGAAGCAUCUGUGGCAAUCUCAUUCUUCACAAUUAGACACAACGCUCUGAAGGUUGAAAAGAGCAUUUAAAUUUCGACAAAUUGCUAAGACCAUGGGUGGAGGGAGACCUUUUCUGAUUAAACAUAACCCUGGCUAAAUUAAGGGUCAUGCAGACAAUGGAAAUGUCUUUGUGUUAAGCCCAUAAGCAGAAUGCAGCUAUCCCUAAGAAAUGUAUUGGGCUUGGAGUAUGAGCUGGUCUUCCUUUCAAAUGAUAUAUAUGUGUAUAUAUAAAUAUAUAAAGCCUCUCUAGUUCUUUAAACUUUGUACAUACUAGAGGACAUAAAACUUUCAAAAAAGGUCUCUAUAUUCAUUAAAAGUUAGGGUUUCUUAUGGCUUCAGUUUGGUCACAAAAUACGUUAAUAAAAAUAAAAAUGUAAAGAA